GAAACUGACUCGGGCCUUUUCUUUGGGGAGGCUUCGUGAAGACCAUCCAUCGUUCCGGUGAGAUUGGGAAGAAAAGGAGAAGAGGAAAGGACAAGGUCCGGGAGAAGUGGGGAGGAAGAGAGAUGGGUGUCAUGGAGAGACUGAAGGUAUUCGUUGUUCAGGAGCCCGUCGUGGCCGCCUCUUGCUUGAUUGCCGGAGUUGGCUUAUUUCUCCCAGCUGUUGUCAGGCCUAUCCUGGACUCCAUGGAGACAUCAAAACAAGUUCCUCAGCCGGCUUUGAGGGAUGUUGUUGCUGGAAUGACUGGAAAAAAACCGUGAAGAAUGGCUAGAAUAUCAUCUGCUGCUGGACAUUUUUUGCUCCUCACUUGCAAUAAUUGUUUUUCUCUUUCCUGUUAUGCUUGAUUGGGAACUCAGCGUUACUAGAGAUUUGAUAUCUCCAUUCAGGAAUAUAGAACUCCGUAUGCAACUUAUUGUCUUUCUUA